AUGCUGCUGCUUCAGAGGGACGAUGGUGGAGGGCUGCUAAACAUGGCGGCGCUCUCCGAGGAUGGGAGGUACGGAUUAAAUUGUGGACAACACGGCGCAGACAAAGUUACCGUUCUGCACGUCAAAUUGACCGAGACAGCACUGAGAGCGAUUGAGACUUACCAAAAAUGCACGAAUGUAUCUCAUUUGCAGCCAACAAUACAAUUCAAGGGGCUCCAAGGGUGCAUUAAAAUACCCAGGUCAGGUUCUUCCUCCGAUGCAUCCCACAAUUUUGAUUUCUACCUGUCUAAUGUUGGCAAAGACAACCCUCAGGGAAGCUUUGAUUGCAUCCGUCAAUAUCUUUCUAGCUCAGGGGUCUCUCACCUGGCAUCGUUGGCAACGGUACAUAACAAGGUCACAAUAUGCGCUACAAAUGACUCCUACAAGGUGACUCGAGAGCGCAUGACCCAGGCUGUGGAGGACACACGUGAACGUGGGACCAAAGUCAUCAAACCUGGGGGCCAGUACAGAGGAAAGCAAAUACAUUCUCGUAAACCAGCGCUGUCUACACCCGAAGUCGUCCCAGAGCGCAAGCGAUCAACACCAAUCAACCCAGCCAAUACUAUCCGCAAGUGCCUUUCCAACAACCCUGUAUCCCAGCGGCCAUUUCGGGACCGUAUCGUUCACCUGUUGGCACUAAAGUCCUACAAGAAGCUGGAAAUGCUUGCCCGUUUGCAGAGAGAUGGAAUCAACCAAAAGGAUCGUAACUCCCUGGGAACCACUCUGCAACAGGUGGCAACUCUUAACCCUAAAGACAAUACAUAUUCAUUGAGAGACUUUGUUUUCCGUGACGUCCAGAAAGACUGGCCCGGCUACUCUGAGGAAGAGAAGACACAGGUGGAGCGUGUUCUGACUCGCAAACUAGGUCUUCCUACUGAGGCACUUUCUUCAAACAGCUCUCCCAAAGACAGUUUGCUUUCAUCCCCUCAGAAGCGACAGCCAGAUUUCGAAUUUAUAGACCCUUUAGCACCAAAGAAAGCCCGCAUCUCCCAUCUCAGCAAUCGUGGGCCAGCCACGUCCUUAUCAUCCUCAGAGCGCCGCGAGGAUGACAGGAGCCCUGGUGCUAAAUCCUCUUCUCUGCCCUCCAAUGCCGUCUUGGGCCCUCCCAGCCAUCUCCCAAUUCCCUCUCACCCUCCAGCACCCUCUCACCAGCAGCCAAGCCCAGUCUCCAGCUCUAACUCACCCAGCACCCCGGAGGGCUGCGGCACCCAAGACCUGCCUAUGGACCAGAGUUCUGCCUGCAGGGACACUUCUCCAAAUUCCUUGUCAUCGGAUAGAAUCUUGCAGCAGGAUUACCAGCCUCCAGUUUUGGUGGCCACACCGGCAACUUCACCGAGCCCUCCACCCUGUGCCUCGCUCACUGUUACCUCCACUGUGAUCAGCAGCCCUCCGUUAUCCACCACUAAUAACAAGAAGUUUAAGAAGAAAGCCAAAAAGCACAAAGACAAGGAUCACCAACGAGACAAAGGGAAACGGAAAGAAAAGGGCAGCAACAAUUCUCCAAGCCUCGUUGAGCAGGUCAAGGAGUGUCAGAAAUCUAAGAGGCAGCAGAAUAUCGAAGACGAAAGUGAACGUAUUAUUAACAAAUGUUAAAGUUACUACCAAGAAAAAGAGAAGAAUCCCAGCCAAUCUACUGUAUUCUCAUCCACUAUCGAGGCUCCUGACUAUGAAACGAAGUACAAGGCACUGGUAUCCAUGGACCAGAGACAGAGUUACAAGGACGACUUUAAUGCUGAGUACGAUGAGUACCGUCUGCUUCAUGCUCGCGUGGAGAACAUCACGCGUCGCUUCACACAACUGGAUUCCAAGUGCCGCAGACUGGCACCAGGCACCAAAGAGUAUCAGAAGGUGCAAGAACAAGUCGUGAAAGAGUACAAAAAGAUGAAACAGCACAGCCCCAACUACCACAGGGACAAACAGCGCUGUGAGUACCUGCACAACAAGCUGGCGCACAUCAAGCGGCUCAUAGCAGAUUUUGACCAGCGCCGAGCCCAAACCUGGUGA